AUACUCACUUACCAACUCUUGUUCUCUCUCCAUUUCCAAGUACAUAUUUUUUUAAACUUUUCUAUGUUUUUCAGUGACAUAAUCUGAAGCCAACACUCAAGAAAUACAAGAAAGCAACUGAGCCUAAAGAAAAUAGAAACCCCAGCCCAGAAUAUUGCCACCGCAGAGGAUCAUAAUAUUAAAACAUUGUUUUGUUUCUUCUGUUCCACAAAAAUCUAAGUUCGAAACUACUUGGAAGCUGCCCUUUAGCUUACAAAGCAAACACUUGUCAUUCAAACUUUUUCCGAAUAGUUUAUGAUUUCAAAACUUCUAUAUAUAGCUAGCUGGAUAUCACUCUAUUUCCCAGAAUCUUUUACAUGCAUAUUACUCACUUGUAGUAUUAUUUUAGUUUUUUUUCCAAACACUAUGGGAGAUCACAACAACCACAAUGGCGGUACAAGCUCAGCUUACCGCGGUGUUCGCAAGAGAAAAUGGGGAAAAUGGGUGUCAGAAAUCCGUGAACCUGGCACCAAGACAAGAAUAUGGCUAGGCAGUUUCGAGACUCCUGAGAUGGCAGCUGCGGCCUAUGAUGCAGCUGCAUUGCACUUUAGAGGACGCGAGGCGCGCCUUAAUUUCCCAGAGCUGAUGGAUUAUCUACCAAGGCCAGCUAGCUCAAGUGCAGAUGAUAUACGUCUGGCUGCUCAAGAAUCUGCAAUGCGGUUAAAGAGGUCCACUGAGGAGCCGGAAUGUGGAGGCAGCUCAAGUUCCAGCUAUCGCCUUCCUGUCACGGUAGGACUGUCCCCUAGCCAAAUCCAAGCAAUCAAUGAGUCCCCUCUGGAUUCUCCGAAAAUGUGGAACAGGUUUAAUGAUGGCCUAAUGUUAGAUGAUCAGCGCACGUACUUUUGCAAUGACAUGGAGAUAGAUGCAUGGGAAGAGAUACCAGAUGAUUCCCUCUGGGACUAAUUAACAGAACAUCAAAGUUAUUAACUAUAAGGAGUUCAAUCUACAGAUAUAUUUUCAGAUGAUUGCAAUAAUGGAGAUUGAUUAAUCAAGGAUUAAUCAAUAACACCAUAAUAUCCGUCACGUUUGUUCGUCUAAUGAUCCUUAACAGAUUGUCUGACACUGAUGAAAGGUCUGUUUUUUUCACAUUUCAUUUUGAUGUCCUCUUUUUUCAUUCACAUGGUGUGAUUCAAGUUGGUUGUAACUUCUUAAAAGCAAAUAAGCUUGCUUAAAGAUACUGUACUGUACUUCAAUUCUUC